UAACAAUGUUAAUGGGUCGACAUCGUGGUUUACUUGCAUCAAUGACAGAUCAAGAAGCUAUUGAACAUAGUGCUGCUGAUUUACUUAAUCGACGACGUGAAGAAAUUAUUUUUGCAUAUCAACAACAAACAUUAGAUACUAAUAAUGUUAAUCGAACGACAUCUGAGGAAGCAACUACACAAUUUUAA